AAAUGUCUGUUGUUGCCGGUAAUCGCUCCGUUGAACUCGCUCAAUUAAAUCAUAAUGGUGAUACAAUAAUGCUACAACAAACAGAUAAUGGGGAAGGUGGCAUAGACAGCUACCCUCAGACCAUCCAGAUCGUUCCUGGCCAAACCAUUCAAAUAGGCGAUCAGCAGUUUAUAAUCCAGACCGUGCCAUCCAAUCAAACCGAGUCAGGCCCCGAUGAAAAGACUGAUCUUGCUUUGGACCAUACAACGUCUCACCAAGUUGAUUUAGGAGGGGGUGACCAACUGCAAAUUGCGGCGGAAUCAAGUGAAAAUUGUGGAGUGAUGCAGGAACAAAGCCUGGGUUUGGGUCAAAUUCAAACAGAUUCUACAGGUCAAUACGUGAUGGUGAUGAACGACGAUGGAACUCUACAGCAAACAAAUCUCGGUUCGUGUUUAGAGAGUCCAGGUGGUGGUAUGACCACAGCAGACGGAACGGAUCAGGUAAACGACGGCGAAGAGGAACCGUUGUACGUGAAUCCAAAACAGUAUAAUAGAAUUUUGAAGCGCAGGCAACAAAGAGCAAAGUUAGAGGCGGAGGGUAAAAUUACAAAAGAGAGGAAAAAGUAUUUGCACGAAUCGCGUCACAGACAUGCCAUGGCAAGAGUGAGAGGCGAGGGUGGGAGGUUCCAUACUCCAAUGGAAAAAGCACGAAUGGAAAGAGAAAGAAUCGAAAGAGAAAUGAACGCGGCAAAUGCCAGACAGAAUGGCCAACUAAUAACUAAUUACAGCAACAAUGUUAGUAACGUGGUGUUAGAAACUGAGUAUGUGGAUAAGUGCAAUAAUCAAAUGACAGCUCCGGUAUCAAUCUACAGCAGCCAAUCACAUCCAAACAGCAAUUGUAAGGCAGUUCUUCAAUUAAAUAACCAAAACACAGCACCAAAUGGAAACAAUGGCAGUUUAAUGGUCCCCCAUUCCAAAUCAAACACCUGUGGACCCUUCUACGUGGGCAAGUCUGCAUCUGGUCAACCAAUUGCAAUACACGCGAACAACGUGCAGAAUUCAAUCAGGUCAAACCAGACGACACAAAACCCAUCACCACAAAACGCAAAUGGUCUCAACACCCAAUACGUCCUCGCACCUGUAUGCAAGAACUCAUCCGCCGCUGCGACUGCGUCAUGAUGAAAAGACUGCAACAGUUUAAUUGGUUGAAACUCUAACUCCAUUUGAUUACACUGUCUGUCAACGGCCUAAGUCUUUUCGUCAGUUUUGUACACCGAGAACCUAAUUGAACUUGCGUUUUUUUUAAAA